AUGGUAUCAUCUAAAAAGCCAGUUGCAAGGGCUCCAGUGCUGAAGACCACAAAGCAUGUAGCAAAAAAGGUUGUGAAAAACCCACUUUUUGAAAGCCGCCCCAAAAACUUUUCCGUUGGAUGCGACGUGCAGCCCACUCGCGAUCUGUCUCGUUAUGUAAAGUGGCCCGAGUAUAUCCGUCUUCAGCGUCAAAAGGCCAUUUUGAUGAAGCGUCUAAAGGUCCCCCCCACCAUCCAUCAGUUUUCUCGCACUUUGGAUAAGAACACUGCCACAAAUCUUUUCAAGCUCCUUAACAAAUAUGCACCGGAAACUAAACCCCAAAAGGCAGCUCGUCUUCAACAACAGGCAGUCAACAUUAUUGAAAAGAAAAGCACCGAAGGCAGCAAAAAGCCUUGUUUUGUCAAAUCCGGAAUCAAUCAUAUUACCGCUCUAGUGGAGGCCAAGAAAGCUUCGCUUGUGCUGAUUGCUGACGACGUCGACCCUAUCGAGUUGGUUCUUUGGCUCCCAGCACUGUGCAGGAAGAUGGGAGUUCCAUAUGCUAUUGUCAAGGGAAAGGCCCGUCUUGGAACUGUCAUCCACAAGAAGACCGCCACUGCGUUGGCUUUCACCGAGGUUCGCCCAGAAGACCGUCAAUCUCUUGCAGCCUUAGUAACUGCCAUCAAAGCCAACUACAACGAUCGCUAUGAUGAGGUUCGCAAGCAAUGGGGAGGCGGUCUUCUUGGAAUCAAGUCAACCGUCGCCGCCAAUAAGCGUCGUAUUGUUGCAGAAAAGGCUAUCGAGGCUCGCAUGUAA